UGCAGCCUUCAACAAUUCAUUUCUCAAAGCAGUGAGAGACGUGCUUUGUUGCCAUUGUGAUCAAACCACACGAGGAGAAGAACUACAGGAACAUAAAGCAGCCGAAACACUGGAAACUUAAAGCAAGUACAUAAUUUCUCACUAUAACCGUGAAGAUCUUUGAAUCCAGGAGCUCACUGACCGCAACUUGGUAUCAGACAGUUCACACGUGGGAUAUCAAAUACUUCCACUAUGGAACCGUCCAGAUCAGAAAUGAGUAUCCUGCCCAAUGGGAAAGGUCAGGACCUGGGAGAGGAAAUGUGCGUGUCGAUGAAGACUAUGAUGGAGGAAGAACAAAACGGUACGCAUCACAGCAGGUUUGAUGAUCCUGACAGCACACUUGCUGAGAACAUUGAGUUCCUGCCCAACAGUGAGGGCAAGAAGCCACGUUUCACUGAUUUUGAGGGGAAGACCUCUUUUGGCAUGUCAGUCUUCAAUUUGGGCAAUGCCAUUAUGGGCAGUGGGAUUUUGGGAUUGGCCUACGCUAUGGCCAAUACUGGCAUACUGCUUUUCCUGUUUCUCCUCACGGCUAUAGCUGGUCUCUCCUGCUAUUCUAUUCACCUCCUGCUGAAGUCCUCAGGUGUUGUGGGAAUCAGAUCUUAUGAACAGCUGGGAUUCAGGGCCUUCGGAAUCACGGGGAAGAUGGCGGCCGGAAUCGCGAUCACUCUUCAAAACAUUGGAGCCAUGUCCAGUUACUUAUACAUCGUCAAGUCAGAGUUCCCACUGGUCCUGCAGGCUUUUUUGAAAACAGAUACCAGUUCAGGGGAUUGGUAUCUCAAUGGAAACUACUUGGUGGUGCUUGUGUCUCUCUCUGUCAUCCUGCCUUUGGCUCUAAUGAAGCAGUUGGGUUACCUUGGUUAUACCAGUGGUUUUUCACUCAGCUGCAUGGUCUUCUUCCUCAGUGCAGUCAUCUAUAAGAAGUUCCAGAUCCCGUGCCCAUUCGAGGAGUUUUCGGCCAAUAGCACGCUGGCACACGCUCAUUCAAACGUGACGGUGAACCACGCCCACGGCUACCAUAACGGUCAUGUGAUGGUGGACGACUCCCACUGCAGCCCGCAGAUGUUCACCAUCAACACACAUACCGCAUACACCAUCCCCAUUCUGGCCUUCGCUUUCGUCUGCCACCCUGAGGUCCUGCCCAUCUACACUGAGCUGCGCAACCCAACUCAGAGGAAGAUGCAGCACAUUUCCAACAUUUCCAUUCUGAUCAUGUACACUAUGUACUUCCUUGCUGCUCUCUUUGGAUACCUAACAUUUUACACUAAUGUUGAGGCCGAGCUUCUGCACACAUACAGCAGGAUCGACCCCUACGACACUCUCAUCCUCUGCGUGCGUUUGGCUGUGCUCACCGCCGUCACGCUGACUGUGCCCAUCGUUCUGUUCCCAGUGAGUUUAACAUGUUCAUAUGCUCAUAUCAUAGAGAUUGUGCUCCCAACUCAGAGGAAGAUGCAGCACAUUUCCAACAUUUCCAUUCUGAUCAUGUACACUAUGUACUUCCUUGCUGCUCUCUUUGGAUACCUAACAUUUUACACUAAUGUUGAGGCCGAGCUUCUGCACACAUACAGCAGGAUCGACCCCUACGACACUCUCAUCCUCUGCGUGCGUUUGGCUGUGCUCACCGCCGUCACGCUGACUGUGCCCAUCGUUCUGUUCCCACUGAUCUACAUUUGUCCCGUUCUUCCUCCUCCAGGUGCAACAUCCGCUCCCUGUCUUAUCUUCAUCUUCCCUGCUGUCUUCUACAUCCGUAUUGUUCCCAAGGAUAAGGAGCCAAUGCGCUCUACCCCCAAAAUCUUUGCUGCCUGUUUUGCUGGACUGGGCAUGUUGUUUAUGAUAAUGAGCUUGAGCUUCAUCAUCAUUGAUUGGACGACAGGCAGCAGCAGUGCUCUGGGUGGCCACUAGGAGACAAACUCUGAAGAUGAAUGUGUGUUUUUGUGUACAUGCCUUUGUAUGAGAGUGUGUGGUGUACAUUAGGUUAGUGAUGUAACAUACUGGAAGUGAUCUGAUCUAUUUUUAUCCAUAUUUUUCUGCCUGUUAUGACACAGAGGAUGCCCUAUUCCACUGUGGCGAGGAAAAGGUGAGGGGGACCCAAUGUAACAUCCCAUUUUACACAGAUAACCUGCCAUCAGAUAAUGGGGAAAAAUUGCAUUAUUCUGAAAAACAUUUUUGAUAAAUUCACACUGAUGUUUUAUAUUUUAAAACCUGUAAAAGUGCUGAUCUUGUCAAUUUGGGCAAUUUUUUAUUUAUUUAUUGAAGGGUUAGUGCAGGGGUCUCCAAACUCGGUCCUGGAGGGC